AGUGACAUUUGACAGAUGCCUUUCGGGGCUCUACGAUUCGAGAAGAAAGAUUCUCGGAAUCGCCGAACAACUUCGGACUCUGGUGUACACAUAUCUUUCAUGUUUUUUUCAUGUGCAUCAUGUAAUUAAUAGCUUGGUAAGACUUAUUGUGUGUGCCAAAAGUUCACAGCUUUCUAAGGAACAUCAACAGCAUUAACAAAACAAGGACAAAGACAAGUAUGUUGCUUCAAUGGACAUGAUGAAAACAUCUACGAAAGAAGAUAUUCAGAAUGGCGCAGUAGCUAAUAGUUACGGUAACAUCCCUUCAACUACAAAAAAAUGUGCUCAAGGCAUUUGCAUAGAGGUUUCACUGAAGUUGGGUUGCAUAGUCAUCUUUAUUCUCUCAUCUCUGUGCUAUAUUAAUUCCAUAAAUGGGUCCUUUGUGUUUGACGACACAGAAGCAAUAGUAAACAAUGAAGAUGCAAAAGGCAAAACUCCACUUAACGAAAUCUUCUUCAAUGACUUUUGGGGCACAUCUUUAAAUCACAAGAGUAGUCACAAGUCGUAUAGACCAUUGACGAUUUUGUCAUUCAGGCUGAAUUCCAUGUUUGGUGGAUUGAAUCCAACACACUUUCAUUUGACAAAUUUGCUGCUACAUUCCGUUUGCUGUAUUCUGAGUCUCAUCAUUUUCGCCACGCUACUGAAGGAAAGCCGGCCUCGAUUAUCAUUCGUUUCAGCUGUCAUCUUUUCUGUUCAUCCCGUCCACACUGAAGCCGUUAGUGGUAUAGUUGGACGAGCUGAUCUCCUCUGUGGAAUCUUCUAUUUCCUCUCCAUCUACUUGUACGCAAAACACUUGGAUGCAGGAUCGUUGACGUCGUUUGCCGGCUCAAUGGCUAGUUGCACCAUAGCCAUGUUUUGCAAAGAACAAGGCAUCACUGUGCUAGGUGUUGUCGCUGUCUACGAUGUCACGAGGUCCGUGUCUGGAACGUUCAAUCUCGGCAAUGUCAUAAAACGACGCGACAUUCUUCAACGUUUCUGUCUAAUAGCUGUGGUUGGCAUGGCACUCCUUUACAUCAGACUGAGCGUCAUGGGUUCAACUGGACCCCCAGCUUUCCAGCGAGUGGAUAAUCCAGCAUCAUUCGCCGAUUCCAUGAUGACUCGUGCGCUGAGUUAUAAUUACAUCUACUCCAUUCACGCCUUGCUACUCGUCUGGCCCCAAUGGCUUUGCUUCGACUGGUCAAUGGGUUGUAUCCCGCUCGUCAAACACGCUAUGGAUCUUCGCAAUUUGGGCUCGUUGUUCUUCUGGAUCGUCACGUUCUCAGCCGCUUUCAGAGCUCUAUUCAGCCCGUCUCAAAGGCAACGCAAAUUUCUGACUCUUGGGCUGGCCUUAAUGGCUGUGCCCUUUUUACCUGCCACCAACAUCUUCUUCCGCGUUGGCUUCGUCGUGGCUGAACGUGUUCUCUUUAUACCGGUCGCUGGAUACUGUCUCGUGCUCGUCUAUGGCGCUGAAAAACUCUGUGCGUUCUUCCCCUCGCGUUGCUACUCAAAAUUGGUGAUAUUACGAUGUUGUCUUCUGUUCGUUGUGCUCACUUUCGGCUUGAAAUCCUUCCGGCGGAGUUUGGAUUGGCAAGAUGAAGGUCAGCUGUUUUUGUCGGGAUUGAAAAUUUGCCCACUGAACGCCAAAGUCCAUUACAAUAUUGGCAAAAAUGCAGCGGAUCGAGGGUUACGUGACGUGGCAAUCGAUCGCUAUGAAAAGGCCCUUGAAUUGAAUCCCGACUACGACCAAGCCAUGAACAAUUUAGCCAAUUUGCUCAAAGAUUUAGGACGUUUCCAAGCUGCAGAAAGUUGGCUACUUAAAGCCAUCAGUGUCCGACCUGAUUUCGCGGCUGCGUGGAUGAAUCUAGGCAUCGUCCAGGCUCUUCUCCGCAAGCACAAGGAAGCCCGGAUGAGUUACUUGACAGCGCUAAAUCAUCGCCGGAAAUACCCAGACUGUUAUUACAAUUUAGGAAAUCUCUAUUUGGAAUUGGAACGUUAUACGGAAGCCGAGGAAGCCUUUAGGAAUGCCACCCUGUUGCAACCUACUCACGUUUUAGCCUGGACCAACCUUAUAGUCAUGCUUGACAAUACAGGUCAGUCGCAGCGAUCGCAAUCCACGGCCUUGGAAGCCUUGGCCAUUUUACCCAAUGAAGCCAAUUUGCAUUUCAGUCUGGCCGGCAUUUUAGGCAAACAGGGUCAAUUCAAGGAAUCGGAACGUCAUUUUUUGUCGGCCAUUCAGCUCAAUCCGCACAGUCCCAUUUACCAUACGAAUCUUGGUGUGCUCUAUCAUCGUUGGAAGAAGUUUCAAAAGGCUGAGCAAUCUUAUCAACGGGCUCUUUCACUGGACCCACAAUGGAAAAGUGCAAUAGAAAAUCUUAAGCUCUUACAAAAGGCAAAACAGAAAUAAUAUCCUCAGCGUAAAGGAUCUCUCCCAGUGUCUCGCAUUUUCAGAGAAUUUUUUGUUUAUUUACAUUUUUUGGGCUUCAAAGGUAGUCCUAACCCAUUGACGAGCUUAACUAACACCCAUAAUACAAAAGCAAUAAUUUCA